AUGGAUCACAAGGACCUUCCAACCCACUCACAUUUUCUCUCUCUGAACGGAUAUUGUUUGAAUUUAGAAGAGAGAACAGCACUACAAAGCAGUUUGCUCAUUCUUCAAGAAAACAAUCAUUUCCAUACAGUUCAUUUCUGGGGAAAGAUACAAGGUGUACAAAAUGACUACCUCAUUGCCGAGGGUUAUCGUGGUUCCAUGAUUGGUGAACGGGCAAGAUUUUACUCGAUUGAUGGAGGUAUUUCUUGGAAUCAAAUGACUUCGGAGCUAACCGAACAUGAAAUUAGUUGCAUUGAAUCCAUUCGAACUUUGUUUAUUGGAAUCCCAACUCAUACCUAUGUAUUUGAAAAACCCAAAGAAACCACUAUUCAAGAACCUGAGAAAAAACAAGAAGCACCAGUGGAUCAAACUGAUAUUUCAGAAACAAAAGGUGACGACGAAGAAGAACAACCCAAUGAAGAAAAAGAGGAGGAGGAGAGUCAUUCUGAAAAACCAAAACAACCUGUCAAAGAAGAGACACCAGGACUCAAGUGUUGUACCAAGGGGAGCCUAUGUUGUAAAAAGGAUGACGAGAAGGUCAUUGUAAAAAAUACUACCUUUUCAGGAUUAGACAAAUACCAAGCUGCAAAGUUAUAUAGUUUUGUACAUUUAAGACUUCCAGUGGAUAAAACCUUGGAGAAUAUUGUAGCUCAGCAAUUCAUUGACAAGAAUUUAGACUUUGCUGACUCUGUUGAUGAUGACAUACCCUACGGAUGUUGGACGAUUCAAUACGAAGAAUUGCUUAACGUUGUUGUGGUAAGAAGCCUGUUGUGGCCAGGAUAUGUUUUUUAUCAUAGACUUCAAUCAGACGUUUUUGGAGGCUACUACAUUGGUUCAGGAUUGAAGAAUAUGGAUUUGUGUUUCAUGAUGCCCUAA